GAAAAGUCCAACUCUCAUGGCUGCUGAGUCAUGACAGAAGGAAAUACUUGGCGAGUUCUGAAUUAAUUAAUUGCAAUUGCAACUUGCAGUCUCUGUACUCAUUUAUCUGUCACUUUCCUGAUUUUCUAUUGCCCAUCCAUUACACAAUCUUUGUUGAUUGAGUCGAGUUUCUUUUGAUUUCUGAUAUGAAAAAAUGGCACUUUCUUCCUCCUGUGGAUCAGACGCGCUCUUAGCGAUUCUCUCGCACUCAAGAUCCGAAGCAUGCAAUCGAGUUCUUCUCAGGGACUUGGCCAACAGAGAACUCAAUGCUUUCCUUUGGUUUUCCCUCAUCGGGGUCACCGCUUUCCUGCUCAGCAGGGUUGUUAAGCUGCUCUGCUUAUGGGCCAAGGCCAGGUCAAUUCCUGGGCCUCCAUGUCCCUCUUUCUACGGCCACUGCAAGCUCAUUUCCCGCGAAAAUUUUACUGAAGUGUUGUCGGAUUUGCACAAGAAAUAUGGGUCUGUUGUCAAGUUGUGGUUGGGUCCUACAAAGCUUUUAGUGUCAAUAAAGGAUCCAACUCUCAUCAAAGAGAUGCUACUAAAGGCUGCUGAUAAAUUGCCUUUGACUGGGAGGGCUUUCCAUUUGCCCUUUGGAAGGUCAAGUCUCUUUGCUUCCCCUUUUGAGAAGGCGCAAAAGGGAAGGGAAGCAUUAUUCACAGAAUUAAUUGGAAAGUUUCCUGAGAGAGAAAAUGUGGUUUGUACAAAAGUUGUGGACUGUAUCUUGGAGAGGAUACGGAAUUUUAUGGCUAAAGGCAGCGCUGACAGUAAAAUGGUUUCUCAACAUAUGGCUUUUACCAUGUUAGGAGCCACGCUCUUUGGAGAUGAAUUUUUGGCUUGGUCCAAGGCAACUGUAUAUGAGGAGCUCUUUAUGAUGAUUGCUAAAGAUGCUUGUCUCUGGAGUUCUUAUAAUGUUACGCCGUUUUGGAAGCAUGGAUUUUGGAAGUACCAGUCUCUAUGCACAAAGUUGAAAUGCUUAACGCAAGAUAUUAUUCGACAGUGCAAAAAGAACUACAUGCUGUUUGGUCAUAUGGAUCAUAAUCUCCAUGGUGAAACAGAAAUUUUGGGAAAGGAGAUUGCAUCUGAUGGACCAUCUUGCUCUGAAGUUGUGAUAGUAGAUGCCUUAUUCUUUCAGGAGCUUAAUGGCCAUCUUAAUGCAACGGAAGAGGAACCAUGCGGGAAUCUUAUGAGGAUUAUGUUCCAUGGAUGCCUUACCACAGCUCGUUUGAUUAAUAAUAUUUUGGUGAGCCUUGGUAUGCAUCCACAGAUACAGGAUAAGAUCUACUCAGAGAUAACCAUGGCACGAAAUGGUUCAAUUAAAAAAGACCAACUGAAUGUUGAUAAGAUGCUCUUAUUAUUGGCAACUGUUUACGAAUCUGCUCGUCUUGUGUCAGCUGGAUCUUUGCUACAGAGAUGUUCUCUCAAACACGACUUGAAUCUUAAAAGUGGUGUAACCAUACCAGCUGGAGCAGGACUGGUUGUGCCUAUACAGCUGGUACAGAUGGAUGAUUGCAGUUGGGGAAGUGAUGAUAAUGAAUUUAAUCCAUAUCGCUUUUUAUCCAAGCCUGGAAAGGGAUCUGAUAUUAUGCUCAAUAAAUCAGUUUCAGGGGCUGCUGAAAACAUUGUGAAUCCUGGACAGAGCUCCUUCAGUUUGAAUGAUCCAAAUGCAAAUACGGCCUUUCUUCCCUUUGGCUAUGGCUUACGUGCUUGUAUUGGCGAGAAAUUUGUACUCAAUGGAGUGGCCACAUUAUUUGCAUCAUUGCUUGAACACUAUGAGAUAAAGCUCCAGGGAGCAGCUGAGGGUAACCCCAAACCGAACAACUGUGUGUUUGAGCAUCUUUCUAGUUCACAGAUAGUUUUUGUAAAAAGGAACAGCUGAAGAAUGUGGAAGCAGAAAGUCUCUGUUGUGGAUGCAAUGUUUUGUUUUACUGUCAUAUGUUUUUGCAUUCCAUGAUCACUUACAGGAAGACAUCUCCAGUCAUCUUUUUCCCCAACUCGGGUUUGACGAGGGAAUAUUUUUUCCGUUGAUUAUCUAUUAGAGUAAUAGCAGAGGAUGUUACACGAGUGAGUUUUACGGCUCAUGUUUUUUUCCUCUGUUUUUAAGCCUAGGUGCUGGUUUUAUAGCCAUGACUGGCAUAAGAUAGUUUUUGAAGCACUCUCGGGCUAUUGUUGAAGCGGAGCCUUGUGGUUUUCCCAUCUAGAAUUUGCAACUUCAUCUUUUAUUUUUCCUCUCCCAAAAGGAAGUUCCAUCUUGUAAUCUUAAUUAGCUUAGAGUGAUGCACCCCAUAUGUAUUUUAUAUUUGUAGGGUGCAUUGUUAAUAGAAGUUAUGUAAUAAAUAAAAAAUUGCCUUCCACUGGUUGUUUAUGGUA